CUUGUCAUUUGGCCACAUCAAUGAAGCCCAGACGGUCCAGAACAUUUUCCCUGUUCCCUGUCUCUGGUUAAAUCCCUUCAUCUCCUCCCAGACACUAAAGCGCUGGGGAAAAUGCAUGGCAAGGCAGCUGAUGAUCAGAAGAGCAGCGGAGAUCCCAGUCUGAAGGCAGGCUGCCUUACUCCCUGACCGCGCGAUCUUUACCACAGGAGAGUCAAAACAUGGAGGAACCAAACAUGAAUUCGGGAUUUUGGGAUUAACUGGGACAGGAGCCUCAAACGCGACUGCUUUACUUGGAUUUGAUUUAUUCUGAGGGGGAUUUUGCUUUCCCGUGCAAAAUGCCUUUCGCCAAACGGAUCGUGGAGCCCCAGUCGCUGUGCAGGCAUGCGAUUCCCAGUGACGAGGGCUUGCUUUUUGAGGAUCUUUGCUCAAUCAACAAUGUGGCUCUUUCCCGGACCCUGAGGCAGCUCUCCGACCUGGCCAAGCAUGCCUGUUCCUUAUUCCAGGAGCUGGAAACCGAGAUCCUAUCUACGAACCAACGGGUCUGGGUUCUGCAAAGCAAAAUAGGGAGAAUUCAGCAGAUCGCCAGCGGACUGGAUCCUAAGCUGGAAGCCGUGCCUGUGUCCAACCUGGAUGUGGAGAGCAAGCUGACAGCGCAUUACCAGGCUCCAUGGCACCAGCAGCGCAACGUUUUCCACCCCUCCAGCAGGCCACCAUGUGUGGAGGAGCUGCACCAGCACGCCAAGCAGAGCCUGCGAGAGCUGCACCGAGACCAACAGCAGCAGCGUUCGAGCAGCCGGGAGCGCCGGGUCACUAUCUCCAUCUCCAUGGCUCCCCCUAUGCCCAGCUACCCUUCGCCACGCAGCCUCCGCCACCGCGAGCAGAGGUACCGCCACCUGAGAUCGGAGAAGCCAAUGAGAGAGCCAGAAAUUCAGGCAUCACAAAAAAAGGAGCGGCCCACAGGGGAAUCCGACUUCCAGCAGAAACCGCGAAAGUUUGAGAAAACGAGGUCCGCCUCUCCCGUCAAGUGCUGCCACUUUGCUCCUUGGAGUAGAAAGGCCCCAAAUCCUUCAGACCCCGACAUGGACGUGGUGGCCCUGGGUCACAGGCCCAGAUGCCCCGUGCCUAACAUUCCCUCCACCCUGGACAAGCAGACUAACUGGUCCAAAGUGUUGCCCCUCCCCACUCCGGAGGAAAGGAUGAAAGCCGACUCCCAAGUGGUCUCCUCAUGCAUUAUCCCCAUUAACGUCACCGGAGUGGGCUUUGACAGAGAGGCCAGCACCCGCUGCUCGCUGGUGCACUCCCAGUCGGUGCUGCAACGCCGGCGUAAACUCCGCAGGAGGAAGACCAUCUCGGGCAUUCCCAAACGGGUGCAGCAGGAUCUAGACUCAGACGAAUCUCCAGUGGCCAGAGAGCGGACUGUGAUCGUACACGCCAACCCCAGCUUCUCCCUGGGCCACAGAGAGCUGUCCCUGAGCGGUCGUCUUAACACCAGGGACUCGGGGUGCCAGACCGAGGAUUUCCUAAUAGCGGCACCCUCGCGAAGGCGGAUUCGUGCCCAGAGGGGUCAGGGUGUCCCAGCGACACUCUCGCACUCCACUGGCAACAUAACCUCGCUGCCAGACAGCUCCGACGCCAUGUUCGCGGCUGCCGCCAGCACCCGCCUGCGCUCCCGCAGCUUGCCCCGAGAAGGUGGGCGGCUUGCAGACGAGGGCCACGAAGACAGCGAUGACGAAGGGCUUUCCCCGUAUGAGGCAGAGGAGUUCCAGCCAGGACUAGUGGAGCGGGUUCUAAAGGAUGAGGAGGAGAGCACUGAUGAUCAGGCCGUGCCUGAACACCAGCUGGUAACACUCACCUGUAAGCCAUGCUCGGGGAGUCCAGAGCACACUUGGAUUGAGCGGGGGAGGUCCCGGCUCCCACGGAAAAUCGACAUGGGAAGCUGUGAGAUUUCCUCCAGCUCUGACACCUUCAGCAGCCCCAUCCACUCCGUCUCAACUGCAGGAGUGCUGGGCAGCCAGAUGGACCACAAGGAAGACCACCAGUCCUCCAGUGGCAACUGGAGUGGCAGCAGCUCCACAUGUCCUUCCCAGACAUCAGAGACCAUCCCCCCUGCGGCAUCACCACCCCUAACUGGAUCUUCACACUGUGACUCGGAGCUGUCGCUCAACGCAGCUAUCCAUACCCACGACGACUCCGCGGGCUUCACGAUUGACCCCUACCCACCCGACACGGCACAGAUACGAGGCCACCGGGCCAGCUCUUUCACCUCCACUGCGACAGACCUCCUGGACGACCCCGGCAUGAGCGCCACAAAUGAUGGCGAGUGGAACUAUAUGCACCAUCAGCACAACGUGUCCUGCCACCAGGACUUCAGUCCUCCGCGUUCCAAGGAACAUGCAGGAGGCCUAGAGUGUCCCAGUUUCACAAGUGUGGCCACCUACGACAGCUUCAUGGACAAACCACCGUCUGAAAAGGCAGACUCCAGCUCACACUAUUCUGUAGACACAGAAGGAUAUUAUACCUCCAUGCACUUUGACUGUGGUCUUAAAGGUAGCAGAAGCUACGUUCAAAACUAUGCAGCCUUGAGCUCUGACAGUGGCCAGAGCGUGAACGUUGCACCUAGCAUGGGAAAAUACAGUCAGCUGGACUACUGUGGUACCAGAACGCUGGGAAGGCGCUGCCUGUCCCUAAAAAAACCAAAGGUGAAGCCAGCCCCACCAAAACGUAGCUCGUCGUUGAAGAAAUCAAGCAGUGGUGAAAACGCUCCUGGGGAGAAUGAACCAAAGAUAAGCAGCGGGCGGCACCUGCAACUGUCUUCCAGGGAGAUGAAGCUGCAGCUGGACUUGGCAAAGUCCUCGGGUCAGCUCGGCAUAGACGAGGAACCAGGGGAGACAUGGGGCAUGGCGAAUGCUGCCGAGAUGACCGACUCCACCUUGUUUGGUCCCACAGAUACACACUCCUUUAAGGACGAAGGUGCAGUCCAGUCUGACUAUGCAGAUCUCUGGCUCCUCAGUGGGUUGAAGUCUAAUGAUCCCUACCGAUCGUUGUCCAACUCCAGCACUGCUACGGGUACGACUGUCAUUGAGUGCAUUAAGUCACCUGAGAGCUCGGAAUCGCAGAAUUCCCAGUCUGAAUCAAGGGCCACAACACCUUCGCUUCCUUCUGUAGAAAACGAGUUCAAGCUUGCCUCUCCUGAGAAGCUAGCUGGCUUGGCAUCACCCUCCAGUGGGUACUCCAGCCAAUCGGAGACACCAACAUCUUCCUUCCCCUCUGCAUUCUUCCCCGGACCCUUGUCCCCUACCAGUGGCAAAAGAAAGCCCAAAGUCCCGGAGAGAAAGUCCUCCCUCUCAUCUGUGCAGCAACAAUUGUCCUCCAGAGAUGGAAGCACCUUCUCCAAAAGAGACCUUGAGCUGCCGAUCAUACCUCCAACUCAUCUUGACCUAAGUGCUCUUCACGUUCUUAACAAGCCUUCAGCCCACAGAAACCAGAUCCAUGCUCUCCACCAGAGCAAACAGAAAGUAGCUGCAGCAGAAGCUAGGACACCUACAGCAGGAGCAACCAAGUCGGAAGUGCCUGGACCGGUUCCCAUGGCUAUAACCCCCUCUGUGCUCCGUUCAGUCCAGCUGCGUUCUAUCAAUAGACCAACUGAAGGAGGCCAGAAGCAGCCCAGUGCUGAGGCCUCUCCCAGGUUGAUGUGUCCCACUGUUACAAUCGUCAGCCCACCUUCCAGCAGCCUGUCACUGGAGUCUAACAAGUUCACAACCCAUCACCCCCACGAGCCCCCAUCUCAGGAGUACUGCGAAACACUGUCUACCCAGGGUGACAGGCCGCUGUUGAAAGAUGUAGCAUAUCAUGAAGACAUGACAAACAAGCAGGAGAGGUGCGGCCCACAGCCCUUCUGGGCUAUGACAGCAUUCAGAACCCCUUUGGAGCCAAUGCACAAAGAGCUGGACCAUUCAGAACCAUCCCACCUCGAAAAUACCCCCAUGAAAACGGCUUCUGAAAAUACGUCACACCCUACGGAGAAGAAGGAAGACGUGGAGGAAACCACAAGGGGUCUAUCUCAUAGCAACAGCCUGGAGAUGGAUCCAAAUGUGCCAACAGAACCCGAGCAGGCAUCUGAAGCCCCCUUCCUGUGUCUGGCUAAAACAGGUUCUCCCCCUGCCCUACACAACAUAGCAAAGGUGUCCGAGAGUAGCCCGUGCGGCAGCCCCGACAAAGUGCCUGUAAUUCCUUGUCAAUCACAUACACCGCAAGCUUACACAAUCAGCGAUACGAGUAGCAAAGAGGAGCAAUGCGAGACAUCAGGAGUUUCUACCGGAAGUGCCUCACAGGAUAGCAGGGAACAGGAGACGACACCAGACACUGAGGAUUACUUCAGUAAAGAAUCUACACCCAGUGACAGCUCAGUGUCCCCUUUGUAUGAAGAGACAAAGGCGGAGGACGACAGUGUUUUCCUGUCGCCUACAAAAGCACGCACAACUGAAGAUCUCUUUGCCAUGAUCCACAGAUCCAAGAGGAAAGUGCUGGGAAGGAAGGACUCGGGGGAACCGACUGUGAAGAAUCGCCUGAACACAACACCAGGAACCACAACGCCAGGAACCACAACACCAGGAACCAGCCCUGCAGGUACACCAGUGACAUCGCCAGGCACGCCCGUCACACCGGGCACCCCAACCAGCUCCCAGCGACCCCCAGGGCCCAUUUACAGGUGUGCCAAGAAAUCCAACACCUCCAAUGAGGAAUUCAAGCUCCUUUUGUUGAAGAAGGGCAGCCGUACCGACUCCAGCUACCGCAUGUCGGCCACAGAGAUCUUGAAGAGUCCAGUGACGCCCAGGUUCUUGGGCGAGCUAUCUGGUGAGCUCGAGGAGCUGUCAUCCCCUCUGCAGCAGUCCCCAUCAAGUGCCGAACACCACCCUUCCAGCCCAUUCCCCCGGGCCAAUACGGAGGGCUUCUCUCCGAAGGCCUUCCCCAUGUCCGCCUCCUCCCGCCAGGGCCGCUCCAGGAUCCCGCCUCCGGCCAACAGCAGCCGCUACAGCGCACGUAGCCGGCUCUACACGGCACCGAUGCAGGCCAUCUCUGAAGGUGAGACAGAGAACUCGGACGGCAGCCCACACGAUGAUCGCUCCUCCACCUGAAGAAAUGUGCUCAGUCAUCAUCCUCCACAAGUACUGGACCCACUCAGAAAAUGCCCAUGGCUUUAAAGGAGGGGCAUCAGUUGGCCUGUGAGGACCUAUUUUUAAUAUUAUAAGUGAUUAAAAACAGGAAAACAAGAAAAAAAAAGAAUAAAGGCCAGUGUACACUUUUAUUUGGAACUUGACGAUUGAGCAAACCGCUGAACCACAAGAAAGAGUGGAGGAGAAGUAAAAUAACCUUAAUGUAUUUGUUCUAGAAACUGCCAUUUCUGUUUGUCAUUCACAGAUGUUUUCUAUGACUUUUGUCUUUUUUUUUGGGGGGGGGGGAUGAAAAAAUUACCCAUCCCCGUGUUCUAAUAUUUUGACCAUGAAGCAAGUACAUCAAAAGAGUUUUAAAGGCGCUGGAGGUGGAAUGCUGUCAAAUAAAUGCGAAUGAAUACGCCAGUCCUGGGCAUUUCAGGACGGCCCUGGGGUCUUUGGGGCUGGGGGGGGCGGAGGCGAUGAUGAGAUUACUGAGAGAGAAACUCAUGCUGUAGCUUUUCCACAAGACGCACAACCAUCGUACACAUAGAUUAAAGACAAAAAGGUGCAGCCAGUACUGGAGCUCAGAAGGAAAUGUUGAACUUUAUAUACUAUCCUGCCUUUGACAGGUGGACUUGGGACAAUCAAACUAUGGCCUUUGUGUAAGGGAGGUCUUAACAUACAGGGGAUUUAAUAUUCUAAACACACACAGAUACUGCAAAUGAUAGAUAUUACUCCUUUACAGUUGUCUGUAAUUCAAGGGUAGGUUUUUAGACCUACAGAUUUCUUGCACUUAAACUACAAGAUAUGAAUUCUAUCGUGUACACGUAGUGAAUAUGAAUACAUAUGUAUGGAUAGAUGAGUGUGACUUUUAGGUAUCACAAGCUCAAAAGAUAGUGGUGACGGGGCACAAGAUAAUAAGGCCUAGAGUUGCUUGUCGCACGGCUGCAAUAUUAAGGUAAUUCAGUCAUCUUAGUAGCUUGCGGUAUUUGCACCAUCCACCACCUGAGUUGUGCCACCUUAACAAACACACCGGUCUUCUAUUUUAGCAAAUGGUUGAGUUCCUGCUGUUUCUUUUACUGUAUUAGUGGCUCAUGGGCUGAGCUUGUAGCGUUUGGAUUCAAGUCAGAACUCAACUUUUCAUGAGGGGCCAAAGACAAGCCACCUGAUUUAAUAAGUAAGGAUGAUCAAACUAACAGGAAACUGUUGUAUUAAAAAAAAAAAACAAUAAAAAAAAAAACCCAGUGUAUUCUAUGAAUACCUUCAGAGACCUUGGUGGAAUAGAUUUAUGAAUGAAAGGGGAGAUUUUUGAGCUGAUUUGCAAAACUGACACUGUGCUAGAAGUGAGGGGAAAGCUGUGAAGCGGGAUGAUGUCGCCGUAUGAGUCUGUGGUUGGCUGGCGCUGCGGUCUGCAGCACAUGCCUGUUUCAUGUCACGAGCCCUUACGUCAUCAGCAUGCAAUAAAAAAACCGUCGAGCUUUGAAAAGGAGUUAAGAGAUACUACUGUAUGAAAGGAUAUCAGAUUUUCAAACUUGAUUUUUUUAUCACUAUGUUCAAUAGCUGUACAAAAACAUUAAUUUUCUCGGAUAAGUGUAAAGAGUGGGAUUGUCUGUUUUGUGAAUUAUCUGGACAUAUAUGAAACUUUUAUGGGAGCAGAGCAUUAGCAGGCGAUUGUGAAAAGGUACAAAUUAAGUUUACGAUAAUGGUUAGAGCCAAGUCUGGAGCAAGGUUAUGGAACGUGGCAGUGUACAGGACAAGAGGAAGGGGAGACACUGGUGGAGAUGUGAGUUUUGGGAUUUGUGCUGAUCUGGUAGUGAGUACGAUAUGUGCGAUGGGACAUAUGGAAAGUGAGGCAGAAGAUGAGAUUUUGGUUUGGGGAACUAUUCAUCUCGAAGCCCUCUACCUAUCAGAUGCAGGUAGCGCCUGUUCUCAGUUCCGACCGUACAGGUUAGGAACCAUGGCUGUUUAUAUUUUAUAGGACUAACCCACCCCGAGCUAGUAUAUGGAGUCCAGGAAAUGUCUUCUAAGUCUUGAUUACAGGUUGAAGUAAUUUUUAUAGGUUGUUCAAAAUUGUAGUUGUGUUUUUUUUUUUUUUCCUUCUUUUUGGCGGGGGGAGGGGCAAGGGGUCCAUGUGUUCAAAGGCAAAUAUGCGUAUAUAAGUAUCGAAAUAUUCAGUACCAGCGAAGCUUAAACAAAGUGACUGAGAAUGAAAUUGGGAUUUCCAGUGUAAGUCGAGAUGUCAGCAACUGCGUUUUAUAUAAAGUUAUGCAUUUGGUGUUUCAUCUAAAAUAAUGUGAUGACUGAAUAUCAGAUUAUCUUAUUUAACAAAUGACUCAAAUUAGUUGCAGUUCUUUAUAUUGUUACUAAAAGGAGAAAAAAUAUAGACUUAAUGUGAAUUCACUUUUAAGAAUGUAGGUCUGCAUUCUGCACACAGCUUUGGGUCGGAAAAUCUAUAGUCUUUAUAUGACAAUACAGGUUAACAAAGAAGAAUAUUUUUAAAGAUGAGAUAUUUUAUCCAGAGACUUAUUUUGUUUAUAAAUAUGAUGUAGAUGGAAAUAUGUUAAAGCUUUAUUUAAUCAGACAGUGGCUUAACGGAGAGAUUAAACUGAGCUGCACUGCUCAGAAAUGGUGCAUAUUCACUGUUUAACGCAUAAAUUGCGGCACACAAAAAUGUGGUUCUGUUAUGCACAGCGUGCUCCAAAUUUGCCACGCCCUAUGACCACAGUUUCAGUCUGUUGAUGGCUGUCCGCUGGUUGUAUUGGGUUUUUCUCACGCUACCACGGAUCUAAUCUUCUCUGAGCACAGCUAGUGAUCCAUGUAAUUCUUAACAAAAAAAAAAACUAUUCUUUCAGAUAUAUAUUCACCUGCUCACUAGUGAUGUUUUACACUUGCAGUUCCAAUGUAGCCAUAUUUGUCCACAGAUGCUAUUAAAUGGCACCGUUAGUAGCUGCGUCCAUUGUAGUAUUUCAGCUGUUAGCUUUGUUCAGGCCUUACGUAAAGAAAGAUGAGUUGAGAUUAUUAAAAACGGCAACCGAGAGUGAAGAAAUUUUAAUCCUGAGGUAAAGAAAGAGAGGCAAAGCUUUUGAAUUGGACUUGAUAACUGCCAACUUUUAACACGGUACACAAGAGGAAAUGAUUCUGUGUACACUAUUCCAGCUUUUUAAAAAUAUAUAUAAAAAUUUGCACUGAUAUAUAGUGGUGUUUGUGAAGUUUUCUCUUUCAGUUUUGCUCUUAGCUUAUUCAAAUAAGAUUUCUUUACGACUGUUUUGAGUUCCCAUUCAACGAUUCUGCGUGGUUCAUGAACAAAGUGCACAUUGGUGAGAAGCACGGUGAUGCUUUUGCCAAAGGAUUUAAGAAGUGUUCCAGUGUGAGCAACAUUUACAAACGGCAAUUGGUUUCUUGUAUUAAAAAAGGAAAAAGGAUGAACAUUCAACAAAAAGAAGGUUACAGUGUAACUGUUUCUGUACAAGAUGCAUUUCAUUCAGGCUGAAAGCUACGAGUUAUUGGAUUUGCAUCAGUUUUGUAUUUUUGUACAAAUUUGUAAAUAGGGAUCUUUUUAAAUUGUUGCAAAGAUGUUUCUUUUGUAAAAUCUUUUCAAAGUUUACAUUAAUUCCAAGCCUUUGUAUAUUUUUGAGCUGUGCAACACUUUAAGUCUUGUAUUUAUUUUUUAGUAAACAUUGUGAAAAUUCCAUUGUAAAUUUUUUCCCCAACCAUCUGCCAGACAUCACUGGCCGCUUAGUAAUUGUGAAUAGAACAUGCUAAUAAAUGUGACUGCAUUGAGAAAUA